AUGGCGGCCUACGAGAAGGCCCCGCUCAAGUUCUGCAUCGCGGGCACGGGCGCCAUGGGCCUGGAGCACAUCCGGAACAUCUGCCUCCUCAAGGACCGCGGCUGCACCAUCGUCGCCGUCGCCGACAGCGACGCCCGCGGCAUGCGCGAGGCGCGGGAGACGCUGGACACCUGCGGCUUCGAGGACUGCAAAGUCUUCGACGACUGGCACGCGCUCUUCGGCUGCGGCGCCGACGCGCUGAUCAUCUGCACGCCCAACUACCAGCACGUCGACCUGCUGCGCGAAGCGCUCCCGCGCGAGGAGUUCCACGUGCUCUGCGAGAAGCCCAUGUGCACGACGGUCCCGCACUGCGUCGAGGUCGAGGGCCUCGUCGCGAAGCACUGCCACGGCGGCAAGCCGUGCUUCAUGGUCGGCAUGGAGUACCGGUGGAUGCCGCCGAUCGCGAAGCUCGUCGAGACCGUCGACUCGAAGAAAUUGGGCGCGACGAAGAUGGUGUCCAUCCGCGAGCACCGCUUCCCCUUUCUGCACAAGGUGGGCCACUGGAACCGCUUCAACAAGUGGACCGGCGGCACGCUCGUCGAGAAGGCGUGCCACUUCUUCGAUUUGAUGCGGCGUUUGGUCCAGGACGACGUCGUCUCCGUCUACGCGUCCGGCGGCGGCGGCGUCAACCACCAGGACGAGUCCUACGACGGCGAGAAGCCCGACAUCCUCGACUUCGCGCUGGUCAUCGUCACCUACGCGUCGGGCGCGACGUCCGCGCUCGACCUCUGCAUGUUCGCGGAGGACAUGCAGACCGAGGCCGUGUCCGUCGUCGGCACGCUGGGCAAGGCCGAGGCCAAGUGCCCCGAGUGCACCUUCCGCCGCUCCGCCGCCGAGGUCGAGCACGUCGGCGUCGACGACAAGAUCAAGGCCGCGGGCUUCCACGAGGGCGCGACCUACUUCGAGCUCGGCGCCUUCGCGACGGCGGCGGCCCACGGCCUCGACGUCCCCGUGUCCGUGCGCGACGGCACCAUGGCCGUCGCCAUGGGCGCCGCGGCGCACCUGAGCCUCGCCGAGGGCCGCAAGGUCGACCUCGCGGAGAUCCUCCCGGGCUACGCGCCCAAGGCCAAGUGA